AUGUCCGAGAAUCGCUUGCCAGGUGAAGAAGGCUACAUGCGGAGCCUCGUUAAGGCGUGGACGCAACCGUUCACCGGAGGGGAAUGGGCAGUCCCCCCGCCUUUUUACCUCCCUAGCGGAGACCAAGUGGUCCUGAGAGGCGAGACGGAUGAGACUGGCGAACUCAAGAAAGUUAUCCCAUUGCAUGUCGACCCAACAGCACUGGAGGCAGUGGUAUUCGGCGAUAUCGUCAUGCACAGCAUGAGCACCUACGUCGAACGGAUACAGAUGAUAUUGAAGCAACAGCAGUCUCCCCAAAACCCAUUUGAAGAUCCAUAG